UAGACACAUAACCCUUUCACCGUAAGUUUAUUGUUGGCUGAAAACAGAGCGUAGUUUUUCUGUUUACCGAGGACUCUAAUUUUGACACGCGGACUCUUGUUUUGACUCGUCCUCCGUUUAACGGAAGUCCGCGAUGCAGUUUUCCUCGGAUUGACAACAAAAUAAGCGGAGAAAGUGUGGCGGUGAACUCGCGUGUCUGCCCGAGCUGUGGAGGCUCUGGCCGGGCAUGGAUUAGACAGUGUGCGGGUGUAGGAGAUGGAGGAGCUGCAAGAGAUCCAGGAGCUCCAACAGGGCGGUGUGUGUGUGGAUUCAGAUUCCAGCAGCGAGUCCUGCGAGUCGGACGCUUCUGCCGCCGCGGCGCUGCUGCUCAACUCCGGCUCCAAGUUCCUCUUGAAUGCGAUGUCGGCUGAAGAAUACAGGACGGUUUACUGGCCAAAACUAGAGCGAGCCGUCGAGCUUCUGCUCACCCAGAGCCCAAUGGAGCACAUCUCCAUCUCCUACGAGCAGAUCUACAGUCACGUUUAUAAGUGCGUGUGCCAACAGCAUUCAGAGCUGCUCUAUAAUGACCUGAUGUGGAAGAUCACGUCUCAUCUGGAGCAGGUCUCUGCUGAACUACAGGCCAGUCCACCUGAACAUUUAAUAGAAAACUUCAACCUAGCUCUGAGUCGGUACACAGCUGCUCUUCACUGCAUCGUUCCUGUCUUCAUCUAUAUGAACAAGUUUUACAUUGAAGCAAAGCUAAACCGAGACCUGCGGGACGAUCUCAUGAAGCUGUUCUCAGAUCAUGUAGCAGAGAAACACGUCGCCACUUUACUGCCUCUUCUUAAAAAGGCUCAUUCCAUGCCAUUUCAAGUCAAUCCAUCCACUAUGGAGAGUGUUGUGAAAGGCCUUUACACUCUUCGGCCAGACUGGGUUCCUCUUGCUCCAGCUCUGUUUUCUAGAUUCAUUCCCCAAAUUAAUCCUCCUGCUCUCGAAUCUCAGCUGCCGUUUUAUGCAGCUCAAGACCAGAAACUGCAGAUGGAGCUCUCACAGAAUGGUUUCUCCAGGGGUGAUCAGUCCAGGAAGCGAGCAAGUGAAGAAUCUUGACGGCGAAUGGAAUUUUUUUUUUUUUGUUUUGUUUUACACCAUUUCAUUGUGCUGAAGACACAAACACACCUGAGCGCUACUCCACAAACUCCUCCAGCAUCAAUCACAAAAAAAAAAACACUUCAUGGGUUAGUACAGUCCUCUGGGAUCCUCACUAAUAGCGCAUGACUUCUGAGGCCUUCAGUGUGUUUGCAGGGACGCUUCGGUUUCUCAGUAGUCAGAAAGAGACUGAGUUUGUGCGAAUCUCAUAUUCCAGGUUGAUUUCUCCACUCUGAAAGCUGUUUUUCUUGAUUUGUUCACAUGAUUGAGGGAAAUCUUCUGUGUUUUUUUCAGAGAGCUGAUGGUUUCAGGCUUGAGUUCUCUGCAUCCAGAUUGUUUAUGUAAUCGUGGAUUGAAGAAGGUAUCGAACAUGCAGAUAUCUAGAUAUUUAAUUCAAAAUGCAUCUGAUUUAUUUUAGCAUCACUACUGUACGCUGUAGAAAAUAUAUCUGUAAAUUUGCAUUUUCCGUAUUUUGUGAUACAUUUUGUGUUGUUUAAUGGUUUAUAUCUGCUUUUGAAUUGCAUUAUGGGAACUUGAUCUUUCUUGCAACAACCUUUUAACCUUGAAAAGGUUGUAAAAAGUGAGUUUGUUUUGUUUUUUUAUUUGUAUUUUUUAUAAAAAAAAAUUAUUUUCUUUUUC